AUGGGGAUUCUAUUUAUCGCUGUAGGAUUCCUAUUCAAGAUCACUGCAGUUCUUUUUCGGGCGGCUGUAGGACGGACAACCGCCUAUAGGUGGUACGAUAGGGUGGGUGGUACCGCUCACAUUGUGGCUGCAUGCAAAGUAGCAUUUUGCAUAACAUAG